GUACUAAUGCAUUCCAACCUAUCCACCUAGCCUGAACAUAGUCUCAGAGAUUCCCAUGCAUGCCUGUUCCCCAUCAAGUCUUCACCACCAAGUCUCAGAGAUUCCCUUGCAUGCCUUACACGUGUCACACCCUUGAAUGCAACACUCCCACCUAGUCUGUACUAAUGCAUUCCAACCUAUCCACCUAGCCUGAACAUAGUCUCAGAGAUUCCCAUGCAUGCCUGUUCCCCAUCAAGUCUUCACCACCAAGUCUCAGAGAUUCCCACGCAUGCCUUACACGUGUCACACCCUUGAAUGCAACACUCCCACCUAGUCUGUACUAAUGCAUUCCAACCUAUCCACCUAGCCUGAACAUAGUCUCAGAGAUUCCCAUGCAUGCCUGUUCCCCAUCAAGUCUUCACCACCAAGUCUCAGAGAUUCCCACGCAUGCCUUACACGUGUCACACCCUUGAAUGCAACACUCCCACCUAGUCUGUACUAAUGCAUUCCAACCUAUCCCAUGCAGGUGUUUUGGACUUUUUCUACUUUUAUAACACAUAUACGCCAAUUAGUAUGGCGUAACUAAAUGAAGUAUUCAAUUUAAAGUUGUAAUAAAACAUAAAAUAAUUUAAUUACAAUAUAAUUAUUUGUUUUUCUUUUUGAAAAAUAUUUGAAAGUGCACGCGUACACCACAAUAAUAAAUAUUUGAAAGUCAAAUUUCAACCGUUAAAUAAAUUAUUGGGGGAUAUCAAAGCUAAAAUUGGAUUCUACUAUCUCUGUGACACUUAACUUCUCAUCUGACCUGUACAGUGUGACACCUAUUCUGCAAGAUUCCCACGCAUGCCUCACACUUGUCACAUUUUUGCAUCAUCAGAUUCCACCAAGUCUUCCCCAAGACAAGACAACUCCCACCUAGUCUGCACCUAAGCAUGCCAACACUGCCACGUAGUCUGCACCUAUUCUGCAAGAUUCCCACGCAUGCCUCACACUUGUCACGUUUCUGCAUCAUCAGAUUCCACCAAGUCUUCCCCAAGACAAGACAACUCCCACCUAGUCUGCACCUAUGCAUGCCAACACUGCCACGUAGUCUGCACCUAUUCUGCAAGAUUCCCACGCAUGCCUCACACUUGUCACGUUUCUGCAUCAUCAGAUUCCACCAAGUCUUCCCCAAGACAAGACAACUCCCACCUAGUCUGCACCUAUGCAUGCCAACACUGCCACGUAGUCUGCACCUAUUCUGCAAGAUUCCCACGCAUGCCUCACACUUGUCACGUUUCUGCAUCAUCAGAUUCCACCAAUGCAUGCCAACACUACCACGCAUGCCUUACACUUGUCACAUUUUUGCAUAUUCAGUUUACUUGAAAAAGAGUAUAAAUAGAGGGUCAUUCUUGCAAGUUUUCAUCUACCACUAACACUUUUAUUCAGAGAACUCAGGCGAAACUUCUCAUCCACCAAGCUUCUUCCUACAUUGCAGUCAUGUCGCUUCUUACCAUGGGCCAAGAACACAGAGGAACUAGGGCAAACAUUGCCUCAUUCGUAAGUUUUUCUUGAACAUUGCCUCUUUCGUAUGUUUGUAGUUAGUUUUUUAAAAGUCCAAUAUAAUAAUUUUUUAUAUUGUUUGUUUUUAAAGGAUCCCAAGAAAUUUCGUCAACGUUCACACCCAAUGCCUUAUCCAGACCCAUGGUGCGUACCUUACAUAGAGCGUGCGGGUUUCGGUCAUGUAAUGCAUGUCGUAAAUGCCACCAUUGAUGCCAAAUUCAUUUUGGCUCUGUGUGAACGUUGGAGACCUGAGACACACACCUUUCACCUACCAACUGGUGAAUGUACCGUCACAUUAGAGGACGUGUACAUGCUUUUAGGUCUUAGAAUAGAUGGUAAGCCUGUCACCGGAAAUGUUCAACAGCCUAACCAAAUAUGUGUUGAAAUGUUGGGGGUAGAUCUGGUCGAGGGUGAGGGGUCUGCCAAAGCAAGGGGUCAGGGUAUUAAAUUAUCUAGCCUACAAUUGUACCACGACUCCAUAACUUUGACUGAGGAAUCCUCCGAACAAGAAAAAGUCAUAAAAACCCGGGUUUACAUUAUGCUAUUGUUUGGGAACUUGCUAUUUCCCGAAGGGACGGGAAAUAGCAUAAAUUUUAUGUACUUGAGUUUGCUCGGGGACAUUGAUAGAAUAAGCACAUAUAGUUGGGGUUCUGCAGUAUUAGCAUUCCUAUAUAGCUCUUUGUGUAAAAAUGCACAAAAUGAGCACUGUACAUUUUCUGGAUGUUCUUUUUUGCUUCAAACAUGGGGGUGGUGGAGAUUGCCGAGGCUAGCCCCAGAAAAUCCUAAUGACUACUCCUUCCCCUACGCAACUAGGUUCAUUACAACCGGACUGGAUUACAGUCUUACCCCCAAAAAUAAAAUUAUAUUUUAUCGUCAACUGUUGGAUCGUCUCCGAGCACAGGAUUUUAUUUGGAGGCCAUAUUUGGGAUUGGAACAUCAACCAAACCCCGAAGAUGCAGCUGUUUGGACAGCAAAAACGGCCAUAAUGCGGUUCACCACUGUGGAGAUGCACCAAAGUGACCGUGUCAAGCUUCAAUUCGGAAUGCAUCAAGACAUCCCAGGCCCCCAAUGUCCAUGGAACCUUGGCAUCUAAAAAAAGUCAGCCACCAGUGGUAUGCCCAAAAUUGGAAGGAAUUUGCUAAGGAGUUUCGAAAAAUGUGGAAAGACCGUGCCCACUAUGUUCUACAAUUUCCGGUGGCGCCCAACGAAAUGAAGCCGACAAGGGAAUAUGUGGAAUGGUAUAGAGCAAAUACCAAUCCAGAAAUGAUUGUGUCUGACCCGUUCUAUUUGGACGAUCCCCGGAUGCAACAGCCAUAUUUCCAACAACAACAACCACCACAGUAUUCCCAACAACAACAACCACCACCUUAUUACCAACAACAACCACCACAACCAUUUUACCAACAACAACCACCACCACCUUAUUACCAACAACAACCACCACCACCAUAUUACCAACAACAACAACCACAACACAUGUCCACCCCCCAACCAAAUCAACAAUACAUACCACAAACUCAAUCCCAAUACCAUGAAGACUACCAACAACAAACUCAACAUUCCCACCACCAUCAACAGUCCCAACACCUACCACAAUAUCAAUCCCCCUACUUCCACCAAUCCCAACAAUUCCAACACGGCAAUUUCCCAAGCUCUUCCAGUCCUCCACCUAGCCCCGACACGGGUAUACAAGAGGACUACCAACAGGACUACUACACACCACAACAAACAUUGCACUUUGGCCAACCCGAUUCAACCCUAAACUACCAAAGACCACAAUUCGAGGGCGCACCCAGCAGUAGUCAGUUUGUCCCACCGAGACAAAGCUUCGAGGGCGCAGAGGGGACCCGUCUUUCCUACAGCACUGAAGGGACUUCGACCGAACCACAACGGCAAGCGGCAAGGGGGCGCGUUAGGGCAAGGGGUGGUAAUAGGGAAGCACCACCACCACGUGAACCGUCUAGGCGAGUAACUAGACCUCCCCCGUGCGGAUCGUACAAGGGACCGCAUCAUAUGUGAUUAAUCAUAUCUUUGUAAUAUUUGCCUUGUUUAUUAUUUAAAUAAAAAUAUUUUCUGUUUAUUA